AUGCAGAUCCUAGCUCCUCUGUCGCCUACUCUCACGAAUCCCGAUAUGAUAUUGCCCGAUAAUCCUCCUUCCUCUGCCGAUUCCUCCCCAUCCACUCCCAGGAAACCACAGCGAUUGCCUUCUUUAUCGCCAACCAAUUAUCAGCAUACCACGUCUGACUCAGUGCCCGACGACGGACCUCGAGAAAAGGGCACGAUGUUUAGCCCAUUCAGGAAUGGAAUUCUGCGCCGCCAUGACGGGUCUAUUAAACAGAGAUCGGGUUCAGAGAGAGACGAUAGGAAAGCUACACCAAAAGAAGAAGCCGCGCUGGCCUCGUCACCCACACUUCAGGAGGACCAUGAAUAUGAAGGGCAGAAUGGCUACGCGGAGGCUGCUGCGCAGGACAAUGAUCACGUCGAGACGAGAGAUAGCAUCUACAGUCCUCCAUCAAUCCUGGAAGAAGAUGAGGAUGACCCAUAUUCGCACGCCGCAAUGACCAGAAGGGCAGAGGAAAUCCUGGCCAAUGCAAAAAAGCGUCUUACGAACAUGGAAGGCAAUCUUACUAGGGCACGCAGUACACUGGAACGCAGACCAUCUUCGUCGAUGUCAACAUUCUCAACCCAUGGGCCGGAACCUGUAUCGCUGUACACUUUACCAAAAAAGGGCAGAAGUCCGGGCGGCUUCUCACCUUCUAAGCAUCGUCAAGCCAAUCUACCAAUGCUGGAUGAAAACCAGCAAGGGCAUUAUAGGGUUUCCAGCGAGACGUCAGUGCCAUCCACGUUGCACACAGUACCCAAUGGACACUCAUCAGAAGAUAAAAAUAUAUACGCACAUGGCGGGGACCUUUCUGCUAAAGAGAGGAAUUCGGAGCCCAGUCGCAAUUGGUUCUGGAAUGGCUUGACACGCAACACAAGUCUCAAUCAUGCAGCCAGACAUAACAACGGAUUGCAACCGCUCAACGAAGACGGCCCUGCCCCAGAGUCUUUUGAGCAGCCUCCACAAACCAACGAGUGCAAAGAUGACGAGAUUUUCGACCUAGAAACAUCACCAAAGGCAGCUACGUUCGAGAUUCCGAAAUCUCCUGCUACCGGACUUACCAGGGCUCGAUCCACUACUCAGAUGCGUGACCUCCGUGAUCAAAUGCAAGAUUUGAAGGGGAAGAUCUCAACUUUGAAGCAGCGAGCAAAGGAAGACAAUCUGCGGAGACGAAGCCUGCAAAGUUUGCGCACACCAAGCCCAUUCACGGCAGCAGAGCAAUGGUAUACUGGGCAAUCAGUCCCGGAGGCUGGUCAGUCACCACCACAAGGACUCGGAGUCGUAGAGGGGCCAAAAGUACCAAAUGCAGGAGAAACUCUCAAUGAAGCCUCUCAAGAAGACUUCGGACAAACACCCGCGGCCACUGAAGAAGGCGACGCGACAUGGAACAGCGACCUCGAUACCGAAGAGCCUUUGCAAAAGCCGGCAAACCAAGAGGAGGAGCCCACCCCACGAUCUUCGCAAGUUGAGUCUGUAACCUACCACAGAAGCCCAAAUCAAAGUCCCGCCGAGCGACUGAUCAUCAUCGAUGAAUCCUCACCCGGGGGCCUAGAUGGCAAAGAAGAUAGCUUGUACGGAGACCAAGAUUAUCAUGAAACAACCGCAGAGCCCGUUGUUGAAAGACACGAGGACAGACCAGACGCUUUUGACUACGAACACUAUAUCCUUCAUAGCGCGAUGGGAGCCUACAGUGGUGUGGGCGUGAGACGGAGUAGCAGCAUGCGGAAAAGGAGAGCCAGUGACAGCUCCGCGUCUUCCGUCGAGACCACUAAGCCUAGAAACUCCACGAGCGAAGUCAAUGAGCAUGCGAGACACGGAAACGAGAGCUCAAGUGGUGGGAGCCAUGUGAGAAAAGACAGCGUUGAGUCAGUCUCGACAGUCAACACGUUUGCUACCGCGAUCGAAGGGAAACCCUCGUCUCCUUCUGAUGUUGAAGAUGAUUGGACUCCACGCCAGACUAUGGCCGGAUCUUGGCAGCCAGAGACGAAGAAGCACAAGGUCAACGGAAUCAAUGGAUCUCCCAAAUCGAGAACUAAGAAGCAUAUAGCAUCAGCAUACAAGGCAUCCAGGAACGAUGCGAAGCCUCCCGGGGAAAAGCGUUAG